CUUGCAUUAUAACUAGCGAGUUUUACUAGAUAGUUCUCGCUUCUCAAUCUAUCUAGCGCAUAUGUUCAUGGCCAUGCGCGCGGUUAUUGUUUUGUAGCUCGCGAGAGAUAGGUUAUAUUUUGAUGUCUAAGUUUUGAAGAUAUCGAAUGAAAAAAGAAGAAACAUGUCCAGGAAAAAGCAUAACGUUUCGUAUAUUAAACCGGACGAACCAAAAUUUUUACGGGAAUUGAAGGAACAAGUCGGAUACAAAGAAGGACCCACAAUUGAUACAAAGAGAGAAAUAUUACCACAAGAUUCUGAUGAUGAGAGAGAAGAACCCAUAGAAGAACAACCUAUUGUAGUUGUAUUGAAUUCUGGUGAUCUAACUGCAGAAGAAGCAGACGCUUUCAUAAAAAAGAAGGAAGAAGAAGAAGCUAAUACACCAGCAGACUUAUCUAAACGAGUUAUAUUCAAGAAGAACAAAAAGGAUACAGCAGAGUCUGAUGCUGCAGAUAAGCCAGCAAAGAAGAAGAUUAAAAAAUCCAAACAAGAAAAAGCUGUAUUAUCUUUUAAUGAUAACGAUGAUAAUUACUUAUAGCAUGACAUGUGUAUUUUUAAUAUUUUAAGUUAUUAAGCAAAUUAAGGUCAAACAUAAUACAUGUAUUUAAUAAGUAUAAAAAAAUAGCUAUGUGAAGCAUAUAAAUUUUUAUAACUGUAUAAUUAUUUGUAUAUGUACGACGUGGUAGAAUUAUGCUGUACAAAAUGGAAUUAAUGUGAGGAUACUGAGUAUGGAAUUUCCUUACAUUUGAAUGUAAAUAAUAUUCAUGUAUGUACAUAAAUUACGAAUUUUGCUACUAUAACAAUAAAAACGUUGCAUAUAGAGUAUUA